UGUUCGGGUAGGCCUUUUCUGAUUCAUGCAACUAUCAUGAUAGGUGACAGCAUGUGCUGAUUACAAGGAUCGUAUUCUUCACUAAUGACGAUUUGCGUGAUUUUCCAAUUUGCUUUCGUCACAAACCUUCUCCCUGGCAUAAGGACAAACGGUGCAGAAUUCGGGUCUUUACCUAUCACAUACCUGCUUCUCGCCUGGACAGGUUACCUGGAUUGAGCGAGUAUAAGAUGACGAAGGAAUGUAUGCGGCAAAUUUUGCAUUCCCACAUUUUUCCGAAUGCGCAAAAAGUGCAUACCCCAUAAUGAAAAAAUAUGAUGGAUUCAUACACAUUGAGUCUUCAUUUCUAGAAGCACACCGGCAUAUGGAGAAAAAUUGUAAGGACUUAACAUUGGACUUUAUCUACUUUAAGCAGAAUAUCGAGGCCGAUUCCAUUUUCGUCGAGACCCUCUAGACCGGAUAGUGGAAUAACGAGAGAGACCCGAAUCGGGACUUACUGCCGCAACAUGUGGAUGCUAAUUAAUCUAAUGAUAUAAAAGUAGCCGAGAGAGUAAGGUUCACAAAGUAAGAAACGUAAGAAAGUAAUGUUAAAGCCAAGUU